AAAGGAAACUGCGGGGAAAAUGGAAAGAUUUUCUUACACAUUAACUGUCACUGCUUUUGUUUUUCACAUUUCAUUCAUUCUCCUUCUUACACGGUGUUCUCACUCCUCUCUCCCGUCUGCCCGCCUUCUCCCUUUUUUUUCUCUCUCUCUCCAUCCUUGCUCAACCUGCUUAUCUGAACUGGGCAGGGCUCGAUAUACUCACAGCACAGGGGGAGGGCCUUGUCUGCUUUCAAUCAAUAACCUCUGGAAUUCAGAAAUACAAGUAGGUCCUGUCUCUGGCAGGCUGUACCACACUCUUGAGGGCGGGCUCCCAGGCACACUCGACGAAGUUUCUAUCUGCUUCUGGUAUUCUCUCUGUCUGUUUCCGCAGGUCUGACUUUGUUGUGAGUCCAUCACAAUGGCUGACCAAACCUCUUCAGACUACUUCAGCUGCUCCCUGUGUAUGAACCUUCUGAGGGACCCUGUGGCUAUACCAUGUGGCCACAGCUUCUGUAUGGACUGUAUCAGUGGCUACUGGAAUGAAGCUGACUACACAGGGAUUUACAUUUGUCCCCAGUGCAAGAUCACAUUCACCCAGAGGCCUGUACUGCGGCCCAACACCACCCUGAGCAUGGUGGCUGAGAAGAUCAAGAAAAGCGGUCUGAACCUCAACCUCAGCACCUCCCAGGGGAACAUCUAUGCCGGACCAAGUGACGUCCCAUGUGACUUCUGCACUGGGAAGAAAUUAAAGGCUGUCAAGUCCUGUCUGAACUGUCUGGCAUCUUACUGUGAGAAACACUUGAAGCCGCAUUAUGAGUCAGCCACAUUCAAAAGGCACAAGCUGGUGGAUGAGUUAGGAAACCUGGACAGGAAGAUCUGCCCGCAGCACCAGAAGUCCCUGGAGCUCUUUUGCCGGACAGACCAGAUGUGUAUCUGUGCUAUCUGUACAGUCAGUGAACACAGGGGCCAUGACAUUGUCUCUGCUGAGGCAGAGAGGGGCGAGAAACAGAAACUCUUAGGAAUCUCCCAAGCUGAGAUUAGACAAAAAUGCCAGGAAAGGGUGAAGGAGCUGGAAGAACUCAAGACUGCAGUGGAUUCACUGAAGAACUCGGCCCAGAGAGCCAUGGUGGAGAGCCAGAAGAUGUUUGAGGACAUGAUUCGCUCCAUUGAAAGGAUGAGGUCAGAAGUCACUAAGCUGAUCGGCAUCAAUGAGAAGGCUGCCUUCAACCAGGCCGAAGCUUUGAUCGAGCGACUGGAACAGGAGAUCGAUGAACUGAAGAAGAAGGAGUCUGGGCUGAAGCAGCUGUACAGCACUGAGGACCACAUCCACUUCUUGCAGAACUUCAACUACCUCUGCACCCCCACCGAUGACGGCUUCAUCCCCAGGGUGACAGUGAACCCUGACUUCUCCUUCGGGGCUGUCAGGAAAGCUGUGGCUGAGAUUAAGGAACGCCUCGAGGAGUUUGGCAGAGAGGAGCUGCUUAAGAUCUCCAAGUCAGUGAAUGAGGUCCCGGUUUACACCACAGAGAGUCGAACACUGGACAGGAGGAGCAGAGGAAAAGAAAUUACUGUGGACAGCGCUCCUCCUCCAGAGCCAAAGAGCAGAGGUGAUUUUUUGAAAUACUUCUGCCAGCUGAAAUUAGACCCCAGCACAGCCUACAAGGAGCUGUACAUCUCUGAAAGCAGCAGAAAAGUCAUUCGCACCAGAGACCUGCAGCCCUAUGGAGACAACCCAGAGAGGUUUGACAGCUUCGCACAGGUGCUGUGCAGGGAAGCCUUGUCUGGAGGUCGCUUCUACUGGGAGAUCGAGUGGAGUGGAGAGUUCUCCAUCGGAGUGGCCUACAGGAGCAUCAGUCGGAAGGGCAAAGGCUCUCUGUGUCUGCUGGGCUACAACGACAAAUCCUGGAGUCUCCUGUGUUCUGACACAGGUUACUCUGCCUGGCACAACCGGGUGGACAAAGCCGCCAAUGGCCCCCACUCCCCCAGGAUAGGAGUGUACCUGGACCACACUGCAGGUGUGCUGGCGUUUUACAGCAUAGGCAGCUCCAUGACCCUCCUGCACAGGUUCGAGACCACAUUUGUGGAGCCCCUCUAUCCAGGCUUCGGAGUGGGAACCUCGGUCAAGAUCUGCAACAUCAAGUGAACACCCGUAUUUGAAAAUGUUUUGAUAUGUGUCUCAUAAUAUACAGCUAUGAUUUUGGAAUAUAUAUUUUUAAACUGCACCAAACCAAAUUAAUGAAGUUUCAUUGUUUAUUUGUGGAGAAAUGUUCCUACCGACUGUGUAUAUACUAUUUUUUUUUAAACUCUACACAUAACAUUUUGUUGUGAAAUCACAUUUGAAAGACAUUAUUGAAACACAUAAUUUCUGCAUAAUUACACAAUGUAAAGAAAAGUGUUAUCCCUUUAAGCAUUUGAUGGCAUCUGAUGGAUAAUAUUAGAACAUCUCAGCAUGUCACAAAAUCACUCUCAAUGAGCCUCUAUAUCUGUAACUGUUAUGUUUCCACAGAUAAUAUAUAUUUUCAGAUAAAUGAUAACAUAACAGGCAUUACAUAUUUUGCACGACAAUGUCAUUUUAUUUCUAAUUCUUUUACAAUGCACCAUUACAUUACACUGCAGGCCAAUAUUAUUGCCGAAUUGUUUUAAAUAUAUUGUGCUCUUAUAAAAAGUAUACAGCAACAGUCGUCAUGAACAAGUAUUAUUACAAUUACAUUAACAAGAUCGUUUGGUUGUCAUUUCAUGUGCUUUGAUAUUAUCUGAUCGUUGUCACAUCAGUGUCCUUGCAGGUGUUUUUUUUCACUUGAACUAACCCUUAUUUAAUUUUGUGUAAGUUUACUUAGAUAAUGGAAAACCCGAGUAUAAUCCACAAAAGGCUUGUUUUUUAACAAAAUUAUUCAUUGAUAGUUCUAAAUAAAGAACUAAAUAAAUGAA